AACAGUGAUACUGUAUUUGUACCACCUGUGUUAUACAUGGAGCGGUUACUUAUUGUGUGUGUGUGUUCGCUUUUCUUUGUUACACACGCAGUUGUGUUGGCCCGCUAUCUGUGUUUUGUUUUAAGCUGCAGCACAACUAGCAUGACGUUCCUUACACUCCUGCAUGUUUACAUUCAAAACAAGAACCUUUGAAAAUCUGUAUUACGAGCCUUACAAUGUAUAGCUAUAUGAACUCCGCGGAGCACGUCAGUCACAGGAGCUUCAGAAAGAAGAAACUGGAAACAGGAAAGAAUCCACUUCAGCAUCCGGUGGAGAGUAGACGUUUGAGACCGCAAACCCCAGAGGGCUCUGACGAGGAAGGAGAUGUCCCAGUAAUCCCAGACCUUGAAGACAUUCAAGAAGAGGACCUCACAAUGCAGGUUGCGGCUCCACCCAGGAUACAGGUUAACAGGGUGAUGACUUACCUCGACCUGGACGAUGAUCUCAUGAAACAUUCGGCUUUUCAGACAUUGGAUGGAGAAAUUGACCUAAAACCUCUCAAUAAAGUAUUGGCACCAGAGCAGGAAGUCAGAGAGGAGGAUGUUGGCUGGAACUGGGAUCAUUUGUUCACUGAGGUAUCUUCAGAGCUGGUGACUGAAUGGGAUCAAGGGGACAAGGAGGACCACACACAUUGCUUGCCUGAUUUUAAGGGAUAUACAGUUUGGGUUACUUAUAUAAAUAUGCUGAAAAUAGGACUCUGCAUUUGCUUUCACACUUCUGUCCUAAGCAGAGACAUGUGCCACUUGAUACCAAAAAAGGAUGAUAACAAGUUGCUGUGAAUAAAUCUGCAUUUUUGAAGGAUGUCACUGCUUUGAUUUGCAGUAUGUGCAGAGCCUGGCUUUCAAGUACUGUAGUAAAGUUAUGUCAGAUAUUCAAAAACAAAAGCGUACAAGAAAAAAGUUUUUGAGACAGCAGAAAUACAUUUUAUUCAUUUAGCUGCUUUGCUUUCUACAGGUCAUGUAAAUGUUCUUCGCUUACUGAAAGUUCAGUGUGGUCAGUCUUUACAUAUUAGUCAUCAUCAGCCCAGUGUGCAUGUGGUUAUGUAGGCACUUCAGCAGGCCAUUGCAAUUCUAUAAGAAACAGUAUUUUAAUAGGAUUGCAUUGAAUUGUCAACAGCCUCUAGAUUUCUACUGAAUGAGAUUUUGAUGGAAGAGGAUUGUCUUCAAACAUAACUCUAGAAUAAUAUUCCUAGGAAUUUGAACACUCUUGUUAUACGUAUGGGAGCAAUGCUUAAACAUUUACUGUGAGAAAUUAAAAUAUAUUUCUCUGAUUAUAGCAAUCAUUUUCUUUCUUUUUUUUUUUUUUUUUUUUU